UUUUUUUAGAAAAAUUUUCCUUUUUACUAAAUGGAAGCUAAAAAUAAUAAAAAAAAGUCCGCCACGAUGAGUGUAGAUGCAGCAUUCGGUCCAAGUUCUCAGACUCUGACCUUCCUUGACACUGAGGAAAAUGAUUUAAUUGGUGCGGAUACACAAGCAUCUGAUUUUGAUUUUCGCGAUUUUACUUUACCAUCUCAGUCUCAAAUAUCUCAACAAGAUCCUUUACCAAGUGUAGCAGGUUCUAGCGGCCACCCAUUCGGUCGAAAAAUAGAAUUGCCCAAUAAGUUGAGUACAAUUACUAAUGGAUUGGCUGAAUUACAGUUUGAAGAAGAAGAUGAGGAAACUUCUCUUACAUCUGUUAAGGAAUUGCCACCACAUGCCUGCAAAUAUUGUGGCAUCCACGACAAGGAAACGGUAGUCAUGUGCAAUAACUGUAAAAAGUGGUUUUGUAAUGGUCGAGGCAGUACAUCUGGUUCCCAUAUCAUUAAUCACUUAGUACGUGCUAAACAUCGUGAAGUCACCCUGCACUCAGACGGGCCAUUAGGCGAAACAGUCUUGGAGUGUUAUUCUUGUGGUGUUCGUAAUGUGUUUCUACUAGGAUUUAUACCAGCUAAAGCAGAUUCUGUAGUUGUUUUACUAUGUCGACAACCAUGUGCUGCACAAAAUUCAUUGAAAGAUUUAAAUUGGGAACAAGAUCAAUGGAAACCUCUUAUAUCUGAUCGUUGUUUUUUGUCAUGGCUAGUUAAAACACCAAGCGAGCAAGAACAGUUACGAGCACGUCAAAUAUCAGCAGCACAAAUUAAUAAGCUAGAAGAAUUAUGGAAAGAAAAUAUUGAUGCCACCUUUCAAGAUUUAGAGAAGCCUGGAAUUGACACUGAACCAGCACAAGUGUUAAUGCGUUACGAAGAUGGUUAUCAGUACGAAAAAAUUUUAGGACCGCUCGUACGUCUCGAAGCUGACUACGAUAAGAAACUUAAAGAAUCCCAAACUCAGGAAAAUAUUGAAGUUCGUUGGGAUAUUGGUCUAAAUAAAAAAAAUAUUGCUUACUUUACGUUGGCAAAAACUGACUCUGAUAUGAAAUUAAUGCAUGGUGAUGAGUUGCGUUUAAGAUAUGUUGGAGAGAUGCAUAAAGCAUGGAGCGAAGUUGGGCAUGUUAUUAAAGUGCCUGAUAAUUAUGGCGAUGAUAUUGGUUUAGAAUUGAAAGCAUCACCCGAUGCUCCAGUUAAAUGCACUUCGAAUUUUGCCGUCGACUUCAUUUGGAAAAGUACUUCAUUCACUCGUAUGACUCGUGCAUUAAAAUUAUUUGCAAUGGAUCGCAAUUCUGUUUCUAACUUUAUAUACUCUCGUUUAUUGGGUCAUGGUCGUCAAGAUGGCAAUGAUGAAGUUCUAUUUCGGUCACAACCACCCAAACUUUACACUGCUCCUAAUCUCCCCGACCUAAACCGUUCGCAAGUGUAUGCAGUGAAACAUGCUUUACAACGUCCACUUAGUUUAAUUCAAGGACCGCCUGGCACAGGAAAAACUGUUACUUCUGCUACUAUAGUGUAUCAGUUGGUUAAACAACAUGGUGGACCCAUAUUGGUUUGUGCUCCUAGUAAUACCGCAGUAGAUCAGCUAACAGAAAAGAUACAUUUAACUAAUCUGAAAGCAGUACGUGUGUGUGCUAAAUCGAGAGAAUCUAUUGAUAGUCCAGUCAGCUUUUUAGCUUUACAUAAUCAAAUUCGUUGCAUGGAAACUAAUUCUGAGUUGAAAAAAUUGCAACAAUUAAAAGAUGAAACUGGUGAGCUUAGUUCAGCUGAUGAAAAGCGUUAUCGUAGCUUAAAACGUGGAGCUGAAAAUCAAUUACUUGAAGCUGCCGAUGUAAUUUGUUGCACUUGCGUAGGAGCAGGUGAUGCGCGCUUAGCACGAAUUAAGUUCUCGUCUAUACUUAUUGAUGAGUCUAUGCAAUCAACAGAACCGGAAUGUAUGGUGCCAGUUGUAUUAGGUGCAAAACAAUUAAUACUAGUCGGUGAUCAUUGCCAACUAGGACCAGUUGUUAUGUGUAAAAAAGCGGCACGUGCUGGUCUAUCACAAAGUUUGUUUGAAAGAUUGGUUGUGCUGGGUAUUAGACCAUUCCGUUUAGAAGUACAAUAUCGUAUGCAUCCUGAGCUUUCACAAUUUCCGUCUAACUUCUUUUAUGAGGGUUCCUUGCAAAAUGGUGUAUGUGCAGAAGAUCGGAAACUUAAAAUUGAUUUUCCUUGGCCUCAACCGGAUAGACCAAUGUUUUUCCUAGUUACUCAAGGUCAGGAAGAAAUUGCUGGUUCCGGAACUUCUUACUUAAAUCGCACUGAAGCUGCAAAUGUUGAAAAAAUUACAACACGAUUCCUUAAAGCAGGUGUUAGACCAGAGCAAAUUGGUAUUAUAACACCAUAUGAAGGUCAGAGAGCUUACCUAGUACAAUAUAUGCAAUACCAAGGUAGUUUACAUUCAAAACUCUAUCAAGAAAUUGAAAUAGCCAGUGUAGACGCUUUUCAAGGUAGAGAAAAAGAUUUGAUUAUAAUGUCGUGCGUACGUUCCAAUGAAAGACAAGGUAUUGGUUUCUUAAAUGAUCCUCGUCGUUUGAAUGUUGCUUUAACUCGUUCCAAGUAUGGCACAAUUAUUGUUGGAAACCCGAAAGUUUUAUCAAAACAAGCAUUGUGGAAUCAUUUGUUAAAUUUCUACAAGGAUCGCAAAGUACUUGUUGAAGGUUCCUUGAACAAUUUGAAGGAGUCUUUAAUACAAUUUCAAAAACCGAAGAAAAUUGUUAAUACACUUAAUAUGGGUGCACACUUUAUGAAUACAAUAAUGGCAAAUGCAAAAGAAGUUAUUGUACCUGGAUCUGUAUACGACAGAACUAGCAAUUAUGGUAUUAGUAGUGGUCCAAGUAAUUUACCUGGCAAUAGUUUUGGUUUGGGUUUCAAUACUGGUAUGGGUGGUGGAAACUUUAACUCAAAUCAGGGUAUGUUGAUGUCACAAAAUUAUAUGACAGGACCUAGCUAUUCAGGCGGACGUGUUCCUGUUGGCAACGCCACACAAAAUGCUGUAUCCAAUUAUCAACAGUGGGGCAAUCAACAUGAUUCUAUUAGUUAUGUUUCCCCAGAACGUGUGCGUGCAACUUUGAAUAAUAUGCCCGUACCUGUUGGUAUGUUUAUGAAUAUGGGAAAUAUGCCUCGUCGCUUUUAUAAUCAACAAGCGGUGCAAGCUGCUGUAAAACAAGGACGAAACGGUGGUGGUAAUGGGCAGACUAAAACUAAUGGUUCUAACGGUUCUACUAGGAACCAGCAGGGUGGCAAAGGACGUCCCAUUUUGGCCAAUAGUUUUACAAGCGUUAUAUCACAAGCUAGUGCGUCACCACUUACUCAAAAUAUGUCCCAGCACGGUGGAUUCGCCCUAUCGCAACAACCGGAUCUUUCUCAAGAUUUUGGACAAAUUUCCCAAAUAGAUGUUUUAUCUCAAGAUAUAUCAGGAGCUCAGCUACAGAGUGAUCGUCUAAGUUUGGGCUUUAACAGCCAAAGCCAAUUGACUCAACCGCCUUAUUGAUCCUAUGGUUGAUUAUAACGCUACGUUAAACAAUCAACCGUCAACAAAAUUACAAAAAAAAAAUUUUAUAACUACAAAUAAAAAUUUUGAAUCAACUAUGCACACAGAACACUGCAUUAGCAGACGCUGAAGAUACUGAGAGAAUACUUGAAAAGCGUUAAUGACUUUUCCAACUUUCCAGAUAUUUUCAAUGAAGUUUGGAAAUAGUGAAACACAUUGAAGGACGCGGUGAUCUUGACAAAAAUGUACAAUUGUGUGCAAAUGUGUGCUUUUGAACAACAAAUAUAAACCAACAAAAAAGGGAAACGGAAGGAGACAAUGCAAACUAGAGAAUUAAAAACAUUAACCAGCCGUCGUUGCAACAAGAAUGGAGAGCGAUUGACAAGAAAUUAUAAACAAUUUUCUUUAUUAACGGAAGUACCUAGCAUGAAACGUAUGUUAAAUAUUUCAAUGGAAACGUACUUUAUGGGCGAACAUCUAUUCAGUUAUAAAUGCGCCAGACUAAAUAUCGUACCAUUCCAAACAGUACGCACAGUUAACCAAUUUGCUUGGUUGAACCUAUGACAUUGGCUAAAAAAAGCUAUGAGGAAUGCAUAAAAAUGCAACUGAGAAGGAGCAGAAAUAAAUGGGCCAACACAAAAAAAAAAAAACAAAACAAAGAUUGGAAAAA